AUGAACUUCCGAUUGUACGUCGUUUUGUUCGUCGCUCUUUUCGCCGUCGCCCUUUCGCAGGUACGCCCACGCGUUUUUCUUUUUCGGUCAGAAAAAGUUCGACGUCUUACGGUAGAAAUCCGCGUUAAUCUAUGGUCCGUUUCUCGCGUGAAUGCUCGCCUAAUCGGCGGUAAUCCCCGCUCUUCCCAUUUCUUUUCUCAAAUCUCCCAUUCCCUUUAUUUGCCAAUUUUCAAUCGGAAUCGGCACGUUUCAGCUGCUCACACGGGCGGCUGUUUCGCAGAAAUUGGAAGGAGAUUUGCAUUCGGCACUCGAAUAUUCUAUUUAUUUUGAAACUGAAACGCGACGAAAGAGGGGACGUUUCGCAACCACAUAAUGCUCGGUUGUGAAACGAAAUGUCCUUGACGUUACUAAACGGACUGUUAUUAACCGCUUAGUCACUGCAAAAAAAAUGGAAAUGGAAAUGACAUGUGUCACAGCUGAAAAAACACGGUUCCUUCUUCUUCUUCUUCUUUUUUUCCGUUGCAAAGACACCUCGUGAUUCCUUCGCCUGCUCCCACGUCAUCAGAGGAUGCUCGGAAGCAUCCCGGAACAUUCUCUGGGCAACAAGAAAUCUUGACGCUCCGGAUGUUUACAUCUGGGCUCCACAAACAAAGGGUUCAAUUAAUUUUAAUAACCGCCUUCCCUUUGCGCGCGCGCGCGAUCUUUGGCGUGGGAUCCGUGGGAGACAGUGAAGCCGUUUGUGAUCUUGAUGUCAGAAGAAAGGACAGAGGAAGAAGCCGUGAAUUACGUGGGCGGAGACACUUCCGUUUGCUUGAAUACUGAAAUAUUCAAAGACACUUCUUUUUUUACGUUAAAUUUCCUUUGUCCCAUUUACGACUCCUUCGGGGAAGCCAAAGAAUGACGAAGUCUAAACAAAGAAGAUUUCAGAACCAGUACUGGGAGGAGGAGGCCGCCGCCGCCCCGUUCGACGUGCAGGAUCAGCGAUUCUUCGUGCCGAUUCUCUCCGAUAAGGUUGGGAAUUGAUCGAGAUCGAUUUCAGCCGAAUCAAUGCUUUCAGAGAUCGAUCGACCAAAAGAUCCGAAGCCUGAAGGAGCGCACGGCGAACGGUCAAUUCAAAGGAAUCCUGUUCGGCAGGAAGAAGUAG